AUGACAGCUUCUCAAGUACCACCCAGCGGCGUCUGGGCUCCUACCAUCACAUUCUUCAACCCCGACGACACCCUUGACACGGAAUCCCAAGCAAAGUAUUACGCAUAUCUAUCCAAGACAGGCCUCGCCGGACUGGUAGUACUAGGCACAAAUGCCGAGACCUUCCUCUUGACGCGCGAAGAGCGCAAGACUCUCCUGGAGGUAGCGCGCAAUGCAGUUGGACCCUCAUACCCGAUCAUGGCAGGCGUCGGUGGCCAUUCGACGAAACAAGUGUUGGAAUUCAUUGCCGACGCAGCAGAUGCCGGCGCCAACUCGGUCCUCCUUCUUCCUCCGGCAUAUUUUGGGAAACAGACUACCCCAGCUGUCAUUGACAAUUUCUUCGACGAUGUCGCAACAGCCAGUCCCCUCCCUAUCGUCAUCUAUAACUUCCCCACCGUUUGUAACGGAAUCGACCUAGACUCCGCUACCAUUGCGCGUCUUGCGAAGAAGCAUAGCAAUAUUGUCGGUGUCAAGCUGACUUGCGGUGCUGUGGCAAAGAUUACACGACUUUCGGCGGAAUUCGAGCCUGAGAGGUUCGUGGUCUAUGGUGGACAGUCGGAUUUCUUGAUUGGCGGCUUGGCCGCUGGCUCUGGAGGAACAGUUGCUGGGUUUGCCAAUGUUUUCCCGAAGACCAUUGUGCAGAUCUACAACUUGUACAGAGAGGGCCGCUUCAAAGAGGCCAUGGAUCUGCAUAAGAAGGCUGCCCUUGCCGAACAACCUUGCAAGGCUGGGAUUGCUGCUGUGAAAUAUGCUGCUGCAUUGAACACGGCCAAGGCUGUUGGUAUUGAAGGAGCUUUGGAAAAGCUGAAGCCAAGGAGGCCAUACACUGAACCCUCAGAUUCGGAAAAGAAGGCAAUUGAGUCGCAGAUAGAAACCUUGGUGGCAAUCGAGGCGUCUUUGUGA